AUGGCGAAGUAUUACGUGGUUCUCCGCCUCCUCCUCGUAGCGGCGGCGCUAGUUCUCACAACCGUAAAUGCCGGCAAAGACUACAGCUGGAUGACUAAACCGGCAACCUGUGAGGGAUCAAUCGCAGAGUGCACGAUGGCCAAUGGUGGAGAGUUUUAUAUGGAUUCAGAAAUCAACCGGCACAUAUUAGCAACAACAGAUUACAUCAGCUACGGUGCGCUGCAGGCAAACACCGUUCCAUGCUCCAGGCGUGGCGCAUCUUACUACAACUGUCAGCCAGGUGCCGAGGCUGAUCCCUACACUCGCUCAUGCAGCGCCGCCACACAGUGCCGGAGUUAA